AUGUUGACCGCUACAAGAAACAAACAGGACUUAAAGAAGAUAGUGCCAAAUCACAAACUGAUAAAUUACAAGUACAGGCAGAGGAGCAAACCAAAAGGCAAAAAGCAUCAACUGCAAAAGCACUUUAUAGAGCCGUAGAACCAAGAAUGAUUCAUACAAAAAAUGGAAAGAAAAGAAAGAGAUCCAAUAAAAAGAAGACGCAAGGACAACAACAACUCGAUCCGAAUAGCACACAAAAAAUGGAGGUUAAUGAUUUAGAUAGUUUGAAAGUUCCAGAAAAAAAUGUAACUUCUUUAUCUCAAGACAAUUUGGAGAAUUCGAAGAUAGAAGAAGUCGAACUCACUUCUGACCACGAUAAUAAAACAAUUGAUCCUGAGGAAGAAAUAGGAAAUAAGAGUAAAAAACAAAAACUCGACGAUUCUAUAGUGAGCGACUACUCUAACAAAGUACCACAGAUUGAAACUUAUGAUACGGCCACGGAUAUCAAUUACAAUUUUGAAUCAUUGGAGAUUUCAGAACCUACCAGAAAAGCUAUUAAGGAAGAUGAUACCACUGGUCGUGAUGUUCUAGGCACUGCUAAAACUGGAUCGGGUAACAUAUGGUCUUUUGCUUGUACUGCCAUGUCGUCGUUAUCAAACAUUUGGUAUAGUGAUACUAGACAAGCGGAGGUUCAAAAAUUAAACAAGGGCAUCAAUCUGUUGAUUGCCAUGCCAGGACCAUCUUUAGAAUAUCAAGGGAUUUAUAUACAAAAACCUCCAGUUAAAGCAAAUAUUAGCCGAGAGGGAUUGAGCGG